AUGCAGCCACCGGCCGCCGCCUCGUUCUUCCCCACGGCGACGGAGCUCUCGAGCGGCGUCCAGUGGUUCAAAGAUCACCCCGUGCUCGCCGCCGCGGCCGCUACGGCCGUGUCCGUCAUCACGUACCUCAAUGCCCUCGACGUCGCCGCCGCCGCCGACGACGACAGUGCGCCACCACCGACCGCUUCGACGACGGCCGUUGCGUUCUGCGCGCGGCAGAAGCGGCACGCGCCCGUCCGCCGCUCUGGAGCAACCGGAAGCAGCGGCGGCGGCGGCAAACUGUCGGCCGCCGUGAGCUGGUGCGACGAACACGGCGGGAGUUUGACGCAGGUGUUUGAGGACGACGCCCCGUCGGCGCUUGUGCGACGCGAGGCGCGCGUAGGCGAUAGCGAUAGUGACGUACAGGACGACGACGACGAUGACAACGACGCCGCUCAGGACGAGGGACAAGGCCCCGGAGCGCCUCCGAGUGGCCUCCGCAAGAGCGUGACGGCGCAGCUCUUGGCUGCAGUUGGGGACGCGGGUGCGCUGGCGAGCGAGUCGGACGCGGACGCCGUGCAGACGGAGAGCCCGCAGUGGGGAUGGUACGUUCCGAUUACGCCGCCGCAGGACCAGUUCCACGUGGGACUGGCGGAAGACAAUGCGCCGGCGCGAGCGCUCGUUGUCGUAGAGCAGUCGACCAGUGGUGACGUCUGCACGAUGCGCCGCAACGUGUCGGGUCAUAUGUCGUAG